AUGAAUAACCCACAAUACACGAAUAAUCCAAUAAUUAAUGGAGCACCAUCUACAACAUCCCCAUCAGAUAUUAAUCCAGGUUCUAAUGGUGUUGAUUUCAUUGAAGUGAAUCCUUCUGUAAUUAUACCAUUUGCACCAGGAACAACACCAAUUAUAGUGAAAGUUUCUGUGCCUAACACAAAUACAAAUGUUGAUAAAAUAACAGUUACUAUCACAGAACCAAAUGGUACAACUGUAGUCAAUCAAGUAUCACCUGGAGAUACAAACAAAGUUGAUACUUUUCCUAUCACACCAUUACCUGAGAAUAGUACAAUGACAGUAACUUUUGGAACAAAUAAUGGACAACCUCCGGAAAAUGUAACUCUUUCUGUAAUUGCUUGUUAUGCACCAGCAACAACAAUUGUAACUAGUGGUACUGUUCCACCAAGUGUUAGUGGAUCUACUCCAACAUUGGCAUUUAGUUCAAGCAGUACUGCUGUAACAGAAGGUAAAGAAUGUAUAUAA